CUCCAUUUCUACAGCAUUCUGCUACUUUUUGUAUACUAGGGGAGGAUACACGCAAAUGUAGUGAACAUGGCGGUAUCUAAGCGUAAGAAGGUCGUGAAUCUUACGUCAUGUAAAAAGGACGCCAAGACCAGGAAAAAUAACCUGGUAGAAAGCAUCAGGAACACCAUCAAUAAGUUUAGCGAGGCAAAGGAGUCUGAGGCAGGUGCGUACAUUUACCUCUUGUCCCUGAGCAACCAGAGGAACUCGCCCCUCAAGAACCUUCGCGCCAUCCUCCUGCCAGGGAGGCUCUUCUACGGUAAGAACAAGGUCAUGCAGCUGGCUCUUGGAACAAAGCCUGAGAAUGAACUGUACGAUGGCGUCCACAAAAUCGCAAAGGACAUUGUCGGAGAAGUAGCUCUCUUGGUCACCAGCGACCAUCCAGAUUUGGUCGCUGAGAAGGUCAACAGCUACAAAGUGCGCGACUUUGCAAAGUCCGGGAACAUCGCAACGGAAACCAUCGUUCUUAAGGAGGGAGGAAGUGAUUUCGAACAAGUGCCUGGAAAUAUGGAGGCCCAGUUCAGGAACCUGGGACUGCCAACAUCCCUAAAGAUGGGAAAAAUCGUUUUAAUGGGCGACUACGUGCUAAGUGAAGAGGGAAAGCCAUUGACACCGAAUCAAGCUCACGUUUUGAAACUUUUGGGCAUUCGCACAGCGGUCUUUAGCGCCAAAGUCCACAGUUGCCUGUCAGAUGGGGAAUACAAAGUUUUUAACUAACCAAUAGAUAUAAACUUUAUAAAAUGUCUCUUGCCAU